GUUCACACUAUUUCGUAAGGCACGAAAUAAAAAUAAAUUAUAGAUCGUUUUUCGAAUCCACGUAUUUUUCUAUAUAUAUAUAUAUUUUAUUUAGUUUUGACAUUUUGCGUGUGUGGUUGGGGUUUCGAAAAUGAGAGCGACGGCGUAUAAAUUCAGAGUGUGGAUGUGGUCGGGAUCCAAUCGGCCAUAGUAUCCUACGAGUGGUGGACUUGGAUCGAUUGUACGAUGGUGGUACAGACUGAAUAUGAAUUCUGGAUGGGAAACGGAAAAUUGGCCGGAGAUUGGUGGCCGUGGACAUGGAGCCUCGCAGCAGUGCUCCUCAUAUUCACCUUCCGUUUGCUCACGUUUCGCUUCCGCUUUUCUCGCCGGCGGCCUGCCGUCUCAAUUCCCGUCAAAACUAAAACAGGCGGUGGUCUUCCCCCUAUCCGGGGCACAGGGAUUAUAUCGGAUUUGGAUUUGAAGAAUCUCAUCAAUGAACUCGACGAGAAGUCGCCGGAAAACGGUGUGGUCUGGGAAAACGUCGUCGACAAGAAUAACAAUCUGAUUUCAUAUAAGGCCAAGUGCUGCAAACCUAAGGAUGGGCCGUUGAAGUAUCUUAGCGUGACUAUCUUUGAAGAUUGCUCGGUUGAGAAGCUGGUGGGUUUUUACAUGGACAAUAGUUACAGGGUGCAGUGGGAUAAGACUGUGGUUCAUUAUCAGCAGUUGCAGAUGGAUGGUGACUCCGGCACUGAAUUUGGCCGGAUGAUUAAGAAGUUUCCAUUGUUAACACCCAGAGAUUACAUAUUGGCGUGGAGAGUCUGGCAGGGACUUGAUGGAUCCUUCUACUGCUUUAGUAAGUUUAGCAAUGUGUAUGAUAGAACUGCUUAUGUGCAUUUUGAUUGGGAAUGUUGUUUGGUAGCCAUGGUAUGGAGCUCACUUUCGGAAUGCGGUCAUCCUUUGGCUCCACAUGAGAAGCGUUACGUAAGAGUAGCUUUGUUCAGAUCUGUCCCUGGUAGAAAUGCCUGUGAGAUUAAAAUGGUGCACCAAGAAGAUGCUGGUCUGAAUGUAGAAAUGGCAAAAGUGGCCUUCUCAAAAGGAAUAUGGAAUUACGUACGCAAGAUGGAUGAUGCCCUCCGUAAAUAUUCUGCUGGAAGGCAGCAUCUACUAAAUUCAAACCCUGAUGCGAGCUUGUUUGUUCAAAAGGUACCACCUGAAUUUGAAGUCAUGAACGAUAAUACCAACACGGGUCAUCCAGAAAACUCAGCAGCUGCCAACAACCAACUAGACACUUGCUGGUCCAAAAAAUCGAGGAAACUCAAGAAAUGGCCUUCGAGCAAGUUGAUUGCAAAUGGUUUUAUUGUUCUUGGUGGUGCUAUCUGCCUCUCGAGAGGACAUUCGAGCUUGGCUACAAAGGUUGCCAUGGCCUAUCUAUUGACCAAACUUACGAAGCAAUGUGCUUCAUCUAAGAAAGAUUUGUAACGGUGUUCCCCAGGCCGCUGUGGUUUAGCCUGCUCCUCGCCAUCUGCCACCGAUAACAUUGUGGUG